UCUGCGCAAUACAUUGUGGGAUACACUGUCAUGGCGGCGCCCUUACAACAGAAAUGACAUCUGACUUUAGAUAUUAUUUGCCUAAGUUGAUUUUUUCUUCUCACCUCUGCUUUCAAAGUCUGUAUACUGAAUGAAUUCAGCGGUGGCUGUGUUGAGUGCACUUCCUCUUAUUUAAAAAUCUGCAAUGAAGCGGAUAGCAACCUUGAUUGGCAGGACUGCAGUGUCCUGUUGGCAUCAUGGGAGCCCACAUUUUCCCCCUCUACCUGCCUGGGCCCCUGGACCUCCUUACACCUGUCCGCAGAUCCGACACCUGGCUGCAAAACAGAAUAAGGGCCAAUUCAAAGGUCAGAAGAUCAACUCCAAACCAGUGAAACUAGAGAAACAACAGAAGCAGGAGGUGGAGAUCAAACAGAGGAUGACUGUGUCAGAACUCGCCAAGGCCAUGAAUAAAGACAUUGAUCAUGUCUAUGAGGCCCUGCUCAACACAGAUGUCGAUCUGGACGAGUUGGAGCCCGACACAGUGCUGGAGGAGAAAUGGAUAAAAGAAGCAGUAAAGAGAUCGGGAAUGAAACACAAAUGGGCCAAACUCGUAGAAACCAAAGUCAGAGAAAACAAAGAUAUCCAGAGACAACCUCCCCCAGAUCCCGCUCAGUUAGUUCCUCGAGCUCCAGUGGUGACCAUCAUGGGUCAUGUAGAUCAUGGGAAGACCACCCUGCUGGACAGUCUGAGGAAGAGUCAGAUCGCUGCGCAGGAGGCGGGGGGAAUCACGCAACACAUCGGAGCGUUUCGAGCUGUUUCGUCAUUGGCCCUGUCCCAAAUGGAACACUUCAUGUCUUACGGACUUAAGAACGCAAAGAACGGACUUGCGUUAUUGCGUUAUACGGAUAUUGCAAGAAGCGAGGACACAGAAGGCACCCUUAUGAGAAUUGAGAUGUGCUGCGUUCUUGCUUAA